CACAAUCUUUGUCCCAGAAGUCUUUGCGGCGGAAGAAGCAAAAUGAAGUCGGCCAUGUCGUGUUAGAGUCACGACACGGACGAAACAACUCACUUAUCUGUGUUAUGCAGACGUAAAACAGCGCCUCGGAAAAUUUAACAUUUGACCUAACUUUGGACGAUAAACAUAUUAUUUGGAAGUAAGUGCUUGAGUUAACUCAGCUGAUAAAAAUGAGCGGAGGAACGCCGUACAUUGGUAGCAAAAUUAGCCUAAUCUCUAAGGCCGAGAUCCGCUAUGAAGGGAUUUUAUACACCAUCGACACUGAAAACUCGACAGUAGCUCUCGCUAAAGUUCGCUCCUUUGGCACUGAAGACCGUCCCACGGAGAGGCCUAUACCACCUCGGGAGGAAGUGUUUGAGUACAUCAUCUUCAGAGGAAGCGAUAUAAAAGACCUAACAGUUUGUGAGCCACCCAAAGCCACUAGCACCCUGCCCCAGGACCCUGCUAUAGUUCAGUCAUCCAUCGGAUCCACCAGUGCAGCAUCUGCACCAUUAUUCCAGUCUGCUGGUUCCUAUGCAUCAUUCAGCAGGGCCUCUGUUCCAUCCUACAGCCAGUUUGGCGUUACACCAAUUGGAUCGCAGCAGUUUGCAUCCACUGGAGGCCGAACUAGUCCUCAACGGGCAAAAAGUUCCCCAGUGGAGCAGUCUGUGAAGGUUCCCCCGUCAGCUGCCCCUGGUCUAUCUGCAGCUGGUGGACAGAGGAGUCAGACAGGAGUGACCACCAAACCCACCAGCUCUACCACUGGCACCCAGAAACCCCCUGACCUUCUUGAGCAGAAAAAGGCUCCUGACGUUCAGAAGACAUCCCAGCCAGAUCAUGAACAAGGUGCUGUUGAAAACCGGGACCCCAACAGGCGUCACAUUGCUGGCGUUCAGUCCAACCGCCGAGGCCGGGGACGAGGAAACCGCAGCAGGGGCAGAGUGAACAUGCGCAAGGAUGGCACCAUGAAGUUUGACGAGGACUUUGAUUUUGAAACCGCCAACGCCCAGUUUCACAAGGAUGAGAUUGACAAGGAGUUCCAAAACAAGCUGAAACUGAAAGAUGACAAACCUGAAAAGGCACUCAAUGGAGAAGAAACCGCUGACUCAGAACAUCCAGCCAAUGCGGGCACCACUGAGGAGGAGGAGGCUGCCAUCAAUACGUGUUACUAUGACAAGACCAAGUCCUUCUUCGAUAAUCUGUCCUGUGAGGAUGCAAGGAGCAAAACAGGUGAAGGUGGAUAUCCAAAGGAGCGCAGGUCAACCUGGGCAGAGGAGAGACGAAUGAACUCGGAGACUUUUGGCAUCCCGCUCCGACACCACCAUCGUGGAAGAGGAGGAGGUUUCCGCGGCCGAGGGUUCAUGGGGCCCCGUGGAGGCCGGGGGCGGUCGUCAAGCAGAGGUUUUUUUGGGCCGCCCCAGAGGGCCAUGCCGUUUUUCAGGGGCGGAUUCAGAGGUGGCAGAGGAGGCCGCGAUUUCGAUUUUGAAUACAGGAAGGAUAACAAGGCGGCUGCGUAGUACUUCAGUUACGGAUCCACCGGAGAAUUGUAGCCACUUAUUAUGAAAUUAUGUCAGUUGUAGAAGUUUCUUGUGGUCUCUACAUUAAAGACAAUAUUUGGACACCAGCACCUCGGUGGACUGUUUGACAUCAGGGGGUACUGGUCCUACUCCCUCUCUCCACUUUGAGACUUUCCAGUUUCUUUUUUCCAGAGGUUUUGUUGAAAAAUUAGAAGACCACAUGUAAAUACAAAGCUUUGAAGUAAUUGCGUACUUUUGCAUCAGUCAAAUUCCUUUCUUACUAAAGUUGUCUUUGAUAUUAGGAGCAGUACACACUCUCAAACUGUGAGCAGAUCACAGCGGACAUGAUCGAUAGCUUUAUUCCUUUUCCCUCAAUUUGUGAUAUUUUUCAGCACCAAAUCUGUCACCACUGCCUGUUGCACCAUGUAUUUUUUCUGCUCAGUUAGGUUGCCAUGUGUUCAGCGUUUGUACUUCGUUAGUAUGGUUGUUUUGUUUUUUCCUUCAACAUUCAUUUUCUAUGAAGUAGUGCAGCUAAAAGAAUCAUAACUCAGAACUGGUCAUUUGUAAACAAUGAAUGUAAAACUAGCUCAAACCAGAUGGGUUUUUUUUUUCCCCCGUUGAGUUCUGUGUGUACCCUUGUUAAAUCGUACGUGAGCCCUCAGACCUCCUGCGUCAGGUGACUUGCUUUCCUUCUAGUUUCCCUGCUGGAUUUCUGCAGGUGGGGCUGUCAAAUGCAGGCGUCCGAGUCCUUUGGUUUGGUAUGUGUCACAAAGCUUCAGCUGUACAGGGAUUUUUAUUUGGUUCUAGCUGUGUUUACGUAGUUAAUGACACAGGAUGAUGAUUUUUCUGAUUUGUGUACAUUAGAAAAGUUGUUUAUUAUUAUCUUACAAGGUCUUAGCAAAAGACACAUAAACAAGUUCUAUUUACCUAAAUUUGCUGUUUUGCCAAAAAAAAAAAAAAAGUAAUUGCAAUAGAAGAAUUUUCAUUUAUAUGUACGCUCUUGUAACUUCAGUAUUUCUCAACAUUUUCUUGUAUGUAAAGGCGUUGCUUUGUGUUGUUGUACUUUUGUCUCAUUGACUUUGCCCUCACUAUGUCAACAGCCAGCAAUUCACACUGCUAAAUUAAGCACUUGUAGCGGUACAGGAGUUUUAUACUCCAGAUGGGACAUGUCGGAAACAAAUUCAGCUACAUUUGUAACUGCAUUUCUGAUCAGUUGUAACUCCAUUUGUUGCAUCGUCAAUGUGAUUGUUCUCAGGAGUGAAUUUAUUUUUUUACCAACUUGUUAAAUGGACAAAAGCUGGAUGUGGUGCCAGUAUUUACAAGGUUCUCGUUCGUUUAAAAAAAAAAAAAAAAUCCAAUCCUCAAACCUUUUUAGGGAGUGCCUUUCGCCCCAUGUUUCUCCCUUUAACUUAGAUGUGACAUUUGGAGAUAAGUGCUGCUAGCAAUAUGAGGUGAAAAUAGAUCCUCUUCUGUAAAUGUGGUUCAGAUGGCAGCGCAGUAAAUGUCUUCAAAGGUUAUCACACAAACAGCUGAUAAAUGCGCGAUAGCCUGUGGAAAUAAUGCUUUAUGUUGGCUCUAACAGCAACAAAUUAGAUUUAAUUUGAGGCAAAAUUGUUAUACUAUUCAGAACUGACAUUUUUCACGUUUGCUACUCCUUCCAGUCACUGGAAUUGUUUUCUUGGUUAAUCAUCAAAAUUGAGUUUAUACGAAAAUAAAGAGUUGUACAAUU